AUUUGCCCUAACUUCAAGUGCAAGAAACCAAACACUGUCGGGCUCAUCAGGUCAGGUUCAUUUAAAAACAAAUACAGAAAACAUAUGCUAAAGAGCUACCAAACUUCAAUCUGAUUACUCAUUUUGAUCUAUCGUAUGUGGUAUAGAUACCGGUUCGAGGUUAAAGUUUGCGACGACAGUGGCAAUGAAGGAACCUUUGUCAUUUUCGACAAAGAAGCACUGAAACUGGUGGUAAGACAGGCACCUGACGUCAUGAAUGAGAUGAGUGAGUCUGGUGAAAACGGCUCAAAUGAAGAUUCUGGCACCGCAACACCUCAAUGUGUCCUAGACAUUGUGGGGCGCACCUGCAAGUUCCAAGUGAAGGUCAAUGACUUUAAUUUCAAAUCAGCUCGCACAACAGCUACAGUUUCCCGCAUUAUUGAUGAUGAUGUUCAGAACGAGAAGAAUGAUGGCAAGCGCCAACGUCUCAACUAAGCUCCCCAGCAUUGAAGUUUUUGAUUUUAGCUUUCCAAGUUUUUUUUUUUAUCAUUAAUGCUUUGUUUUAAAUCAGAACUAAGAUUCUAGCUAAGUUUGUUUUGUUUUUUGUUCACGUCAGGACUAAGAUCCCAAUUAUGUAUCAGAUUUUUUAAGUUAUUUUAUGCUUUGCUAGGUAUUUCUAAAUUUCUCAAUCAAACCUCCUCAUACAAUAAUGGAAUUUUAAUAUGAAUAGAUCUUGGAUUUGAAUACUAAAAAUUUAGAGGUUUCUCAAUCAAACCAUUCCUAACUUCUAAAAAUCUGAAAAAAUGGUUAAU